UAUCUCUCUCCUUCCUUCAGGUUCGGUGAAGUUGGAGAGGAGGAUGUACUUCCUGGAGAAGAACCGUCGCGGCUGCAGGACGUACGGAGCGGCUCUGGACCCCUCGCUGCAGAGGGAGAUCAGCUUCUAUCAGCAGAAAGCCAAGGAGCAUGCUGAGCAUGAAGACUUCCUGCUGGCUCUGCAGGUUAAUGAGGAGGAGUAUGAGAAGGACGGACAGCUGAUAGAGUGUGGGUGUUGCUGUGGGGACUUUGCCUUCGAGAAGAUGACCCAGUGUUCUGAUGGACAUCUCUUCUGUAAAGAAUGUCUGGUUAAAUAUGCCGAGGAGGCCGUGUUCGGGUCGGGACAGUCCUCUCUCAGCUGUAUGGAAGCAGGCUGUCCCUGUUCCUUCCCGGUGUGCGAGUUGGAAAAGGUUUUGCCGGACACGGUGUUGUGUAAAUACUACGAGAGACAAGCUGAAGAGGCCGUGGCUGCUACCUGCGCUGACGAACUAGUACGUUGUCCGUCCUGUAACUUCCCAGCGUUGUUGGAUAAAGGUGUGUCACUGUUCAGCUGUCCCAACCCUCGCUGUCGGAAGGAGAGCUGCAGGAAGUGCCGUGUCCAGUGGAAGGAGCAUGCUGGGAAGUCAUGUGACCAGGUCAUGGAACGAGAUGAGAUACGCAUGAGGGUGGCCUUUGAGGAGCGGAUGACAGCAGCUCGGGUCAGGAAGUGUGUGAAGUGUGGAACAGGUCUGGUGUUGGGCGCUUACUGGGGUCCUAACUAGGGUCCCAACUAGGGU